AUGGAAAGAAGCACCUGGAGCCCCACGACCGCUACUACCGCCGCGCCCCUCGCGCCCCAGGAGCGCAUCCGCAAUGCGGCCGACAUCUCAGUCAUCGUUGUCUACUUCGUGGUGGUGAUGGCUGUCGGGCUGUGGGCUAUGUUUUCCACUAAUCGUGGGACAGUUGGAGGCUUCUUCCUGGCAGGCCGAAGUAUGGUGUGGUGGCCGAUCGGAGCUUCUCUCUUCGCCAGUAACAUUGGAAGUGGCCACUUUGUGGGGCUAGCAGGGACGGGAGCAGCUGCAGGCAUCGCCACUGGGGGCUUUGAAUGGAACGCAUUGAUUUUGGUGGUUCUGCUGGGCUGGGUGUUUGUCCCCAUUUACAUUAAAGCUGGGGUGGUGACAAUGCCAGAGUACCUACGGAAGCGGUUUGGAGGCCAGCGGAUCCAGAUCUACCUCUCUAUUCUGUCCCUGUUGCUCUACAUUUUCACCAAGAUCUCGGCAGAUAUCUUCUCUGGGGCCAUAUUCAUCAAUUUGGCCUUGGGUCUGGAUCUGUACCUGGCCAUAUUUAUCCUAUUGUUGAUCACUGGCCUUUAUACAAUCACAGGGGGCCUAGCUGCUGUGAUUUACACGGACACCUUGCAGACGGUGAUCAUGCUGGUAGGGUCUUUCAUCCUGACUGGGUUUGCUUUUUACGAAGUGGGAGGGUAUGAAACCUUCAUGACAAAGUACAUGAAUGCCAUUCCAACCUUGAUUUCUGAUGGAAAUAUCACUGUCAAGAAAGAAUGCUAUACCCCGAGGGCUGACUCCUUCCACAUCUUUCGAGAUCCUCUCAAGGGAGACCUCCCAUGGCCUGGGCUCAUCUUUGGGCUGUCCAUCAUUGCCUUGUGGUACUGGUGCACAGAUCAGGUCAUUGUGCAGCGCUGUCUCUCAGCCAAGAACAUGUCCCAUGUGAAGGCUGGCUGCAUCAUGUGCGGGUACCUGAAGCUGCUGCCCAUGUUCCUCAUGGUGAUGCCAGGAAUGAUCAGCCGCAUCCUGUACACAGAAAAAGUCGCCUGUGUCCUCCCCUCAGAAUGUAAGAAGUUUUGUGGCACUGAGGUUGGCUGUACCAACAUCGCCUAUCCGACCCUAGUGGUGGAGCUCAUGCCCGAUGGAUUGCGAGGCCUAAUGCUGUCAGUCAUGUUGGCCUCUCUCAUGAGCUCCCUAACCUCCAUCUUUAACAGCGCCAGCACCCUUUUCACCAUGGACAUCUAUACCAAGGUCCGGAAGCGAGCAUCUGAGAAGGAGCUCAUGCUUGCUGGAAGGUUGUUCAUCCUGGUCCUGAUUGGCAUCAGCAUUGCCUGGGUGCCCAUUGUGCAGACGGCACAGAAUGGGCAGCUCUUUGAUUACAUUCAGUCCAUCACCAGUUACUUGGGACCACCCAUUGCAGCUGUUUUUCUGCUUGCUAUUUUCUUCAAGAGAGUCAAUGAGCCAGGAGCCUUUUGGGGACUGAUCUUAGGAUUUGUGAUUGGGAUAGCCCGUAUGCUGACUGAGUUUGCCUAUGGAACCGGGAGCUGCAUGAAUCCCAGCAACUGUCCCACAAUUAUCUGUGGUGUGCACUAUUUGUACUUUGCCAUCAUCCUCUUUAUCAUUUCUAUCAUCACCAUUGUGACCAUCUCCCUCUUUACCAAGCCCAUUCCAGAUGUGCAUCUCUACCGUCUCUGUUGGAGUCUGCGCAACAGCAAAGAGGAGCGUAUUGACCUGGAUGCAGGAGAGGAGGAUAUCCAAGAAGCCCCGGAGGAGACCAUUGAAAUUGAAGUUCCUGAGGAGAAGAAAGGAUGCUGCAGGAGGGCCUAUGACCUGUUCUGUGGGCUGGAUCAGCAGAAGGGCCCCAAGAUGACCAAGGAACAGGAGGAAGCAAUGAAAAUGAAGCUAACAGACACCUCUGAGAAGCCUUUGUGGCGAAUGAUAGUCAACACCAAUGGCAUCAUCCUCCUGGCCGUGGCUGUCUUCUGCCAUGCGUAUUUUGCCUGAGUCCUGCUCUCACCUGCAGACUGUGCUCAUGAAGGCCAGACUCUUCACACCACCUCUCUUUAGUCCCGUUCUGUGGCAUUGAAGGGAAGCUGACCAUUGUGAAUUUAGGUUGGAUAAAUGUGUAAUUACAGGUCAGCUAUAGGAAAAUCAUUAGUUUGCUGUUAACUUAUAUAUUCGAAGCCAGUGUGAUGUAGUCAGCUGUAUGUAGUAGAGCCACAAGAGGAAAUUCCACUCAGUCAUAGCUAGAAAAAGGCAGGCUAAGGAACAGAAGCCCUGUGAUGACUGAUAUGUUUUUGUCUCAGAUAGAUUCAGUGUGCCAACAUUGUUUGUAAUCCUUGAAUAUUAUUUUGAGUAUUUCAGCCUUUUUGGUUCCUGCUAAUUUCUUCAUCUGACCUCCUCUCAUCUUUUUUAAAAGCAAACUCCCCCCCUCCAUUAUAUCCCUGCCAAUUUUUUCCUGGCAUAAGAAAAAUUAAUCUGAUAAACUGGUGAAGAUAUUGAGACCGAGGAUGGUUGCCUAAUGGGGUCCUUGUCCUGGGCACUUUUCUUCUUUGAAGUAGAGGCUUGUGGAUGUCAGUAUAUACUCUAAAGGGAGGGACCAAGGCACCAGACUCAGGCCAGUAGGGGAAGACAAUAAUCAUGAGUCCAAGGGAUUUUUCUGCUUUUCUUAAAAAUGUCCAUUGUGAGUUCCCCAUGUUUGGGAUUUCACUCAUUUUGACAUUCACUGUGCCUGGAAGGUCUUAGCCACUAAGCAAUGUUUGUUGACUGAAUGAAUGAUAAGGGCAUUUAUUUAUAAAUACUUUAUUAUUAUUAUUUUUUCACCUGCUUUAUUUUUACUAAGUCUGGCCCUUGGUUAACAUUUUCCUGUGGCUUCACAAACCACGCACUGUGGUGAGUUUCAUGAAUUGGAAUGCAUUUACCCAAGGCUGCUCUUUCUCCCAGUGCUAUUGUUCCCCUACUGCUUUGGAAGUUGAUUCUAUGUCAGGUAAUAGUGGGAAUAAAUGAGCCACCUGGGCGCAUCUGCAUCUCAAGGCAGCUGCACUCGACUGCAACCUGGAGAUAGCAUGAGAUCCUCCUCCUCAUGAGUUCACAUGACCACAGCCCUCCCUUUUUUAGGUGUCUUGAUUGGUCAUCAUCAUUGAUCAAGAUGAGGGUAAGUGGUAUCUGUUUCAGACGGAAGUGCCAAAUACCUCUAGCUGAGGAGGGUGUAUUUCUUGUUAAGCCUACUUUCCAGGGGGAAAAUUCUUUUAAUCCACCUGUGAAAUUUCAAUUACUGUUGUAAUAUAAUCACAUUGAAGUUAAGAAAAAGUCACAAUGUUAGUACUGACUGAUUUCAGGCUAUCUUAGAAAGAAAGCUGGGAUCUAAGGUUCUGUGGAGCUGAGAAUGGUUCCUGGAGGUAAAAAUGGUUUGAAAUGUAAAGGGAUGGCUUGUUAUUGUAGAAGAAAGCAAACCCAGAGGGCACUAUUUGAUGUGCCUUCUCACUCCCCCGUGGAAGGACCCUUAAACUAGGCAGAACAGAUGGAAAAGUGGAGAAUUUCACGUGAUUACCAUUAUCCAGAGUUCUGUCUUGUGUAGAGUCUGUGGUAUGUGCUUUGAGAGGUCAAAGAGAGAGGAUAAAAAGCUGGUAGAUGAAGUGGGUGGCAUAGAGUUUCUAGAUUGUCCUGGAUUCUGUUUCUGGCUUUGUCAAUGAUUCACUGUGUAUGUUGUGGUAAAUUAUUUUGUCUCAGCUGUGUAUUUUUCUCUUUGAAAACUGGGAACCUUGAUGCUUAUAGGAUCUACCUACCUCCUGGUGGUGUGACCAGGUCACUUUUGAAGAGAAGAUGCAGAUACAUACAUGAAAAAUGUCAUUCAGAUAUUAUAUUAAGGUGCAUUAUAGUCCCAUAAAUUAAAAUGUAUUACUUUGAUAAAAAUUAAAACAUUAAAAACCCUAUCUUCAUGUUUCCUGUUCUCCAGAAAUUCCAGACAAAUAGUGAAUGUAUUUGUGGUGACCUUUUAGUUGAACAUAAAAUAUGGAUUAGGAAGCAGAAAACCAGGAUAGUUGGGAAUACAAUCUAGUAAUUUGAACAUUAUUUAAAAAUCUAUCAAGGUUUGGAGGUGAUUUCUACAGCAAAACCUCUAGUAAAUACAUGGCAAGUAACUACUUCUAAUGCAAUAAUGUCCCAUUACAACCGAAUGAGCUACCUGGGUAACAAGGGAUUGGUGAGAGAUAAAUUGCACUAGAAUAAUUGCAAGUAUACAGGAAAGAGCUAUUCUUUACCUCAAACUGAAGAUGGCAUUAUACAUGGGGCAGAAUGACUACUUAUUAAUGUUCAGUUUACAAAACUGAAGAAUCAUGCCCUAUCAGGAAAACAGCUUCUUUAAAUAUGGAUAACUAUUUUUUUAAACAUUUUUUAUUGUGACACGUAACAUAUAUACAGAAAAGUGAUAUCUUUCAAAAUACAGUUAUAAAGUAGUUAUAGAGUAAAUUUCAAAGUAUGGUAUGGGUUACAGUUCCACAAUUUCAGUUAUUUCCUUCUAGCUAUCCUAAUAUGCUAGAGACUAAAAAGAAAUAUCUAUGUAAUGAUUCAGUAGUAAUAAUCCUUUGUGAAAGAUGCUACUCCUCUCUCUCAUUUGAUCACUGCCUCAAUCUUUAGGGAUAUUUAGGCAAUGACCACUCUACCUUGUUCAUAUUGAAAAAGGGGUGUCCACAUUAUGGUGAAGGGGGAUGCAGCUGGUUGAUGCUCUUGAAGAGGCUGGUGCUUUUGGGUUUUGGGACUUAUAUGGCAUAAGAACAA